AUGACACUCAUUGGUUCGAGCUCCCGGGGGGGCUCGGUCGCAGCUUACUGGAGGAGCUGCCAGAAAUCUCCCCGGCCGAAGCUCAUAGAGGCCGAGGAGUUCCUGGUGGCGCUGAAGUGGGGGGCCCUGGUAGUGGUCGCCCUUUAUGCUCCCCCAAGGUGGACGGGGGGCGACUACGAGGAGCAUUUUAACAGGGUGGCGGUGGUCAUCAGACGGUGUGCCCCCCACCCUGUGGUGGUGGUCGGGGACUUCAACGCCAAAUCUGGCGCGUGGGGUUCCCCGGUCACCAAUCAUCGUGGUCGGCUCACCGAGGCCUGGGCGGCGUCGACCGGCCUUCAUCUUCUCAACGAAGGCUCGGUGAGCACCUGCAUGCGCCCGCAGGGCGAAUCUAUCAUUGACCUCACAUGGGUCAAUGUCCCUGCGGUGCGCGCGGUGGGGGGUUGGAGAGUGGCGGAGGGGAUCGACACUGGUUUCGACCAUCUCUACAUAGAGGUGAUCCUCUCCGCCAUCUCCCCCGAGGUGCUCCGGCGCCGCCGGGAAAGGGAGCGCGGGCGGCUCGGCAGAUGGGCCCUCCGCAAAAUGGACGAGCACGCGCUCAAGGCGUCCAUCGCCGCGGCGGAGUGGGCUCGAGGGGACGAUCCCCCUCGAACAUUCUGUCCCCGGCCGAUGUGGAGGAGGAGGCGGAAGAACUCGGGGCAGAUAUGGAGAGGGCGUGCGACGCCUCCAUGCCCCGGGUCCGCCCCCACGCCCUUCAGGUCCGCGUACUGGUGGACGGAGGAGACAGCCGAACUUAGGCGCUCCUCCGUCCAAGCUAGAAGACGCAUGCAUUGGACCAGAAGGGCGGGGAACGUCGCCGAGGCGACGAGGGCGCGCAGGGCUUUCCGCGCCGCACGAUAA